UACUCAGCAGUUAUAUUCCUCUGUGUCACAGCUGGGUGGGCCGAGAGUGCUCGUCACACGCAGGCAGCCGGAUCUCCGUGGUCGUCCAGUUGGCAAACUAGCGAAGACGAAACUUAGGGCUUCAAAACAAAACCACCAUGACUUCGACGAACAUGUUUCAAGGGUUGGACAGUGGCGCAAAACCAAGUUCAAGGGUGUUGAGACCCCCGGGCGGAGGCUCCAGUAAUCUGUUCGGUGGUUAUGAAGAUGAUUCCUCCCCAUCAAGAAGACCCAACAAGAUGGCCUCUACGGUUUUUUCCCCCCCAGCAGAAGUGUCCCAGACUGGGCCCAAACGCUCCAAUCCCCCAGGUGGGAAAAGCAGUGGAAUAUUCGGGGACCCUGAGCCUCCAACUCGCCCACAGAAGCCGUCGCCUCCAGGGGGACCCACCAGCAACAUCUUUGGGGGUACGGAAAGUGCACCCGUCCAAAGUCCAAGCCGGUCCCACCCAAACAAGCCAAAGGAUAACCUAAGUGUGGGGCCUGAGCCUGAAUCACCAGCUCCUGAAGUCAGCGUCAGCCAACCUGAGGUGAAGGAGGAACCUGCCCCCGCAGCGCCCGUGCCAGCUAAGGAAGAGCCUCCUGCUGUCUCAGCUGCUCCAGAAGUUCAACCUGCUUCUCCUUCUCCUCCUCCUCCUUCUGAUGAGACUACCGAAGAAGCAAAGAACCACGAGCCUCACCUGGGACCUAAGCCUCGUUCUCACAACAGGGUCCUGAACCCACCUGGAGGAAAGUCUAGUGUGGUAUUCUACUGAUCGUCUGAUUGCGCCACUCCUCUCUGAUUUUGUCUUGCCCCCCGUUAAUCUUCUCUCAUUCCAUCGCCUGUCUCCCCACGGUUUUCCACCAAGUCAAUAUGUUGCCCUCAACCUCUCGCACUUUCAUCCCUCUUUCUGUCUGUCUCCCAGCUCUUAAUGCAAAUCUUAAUUUCCCUCUUCAUAGAAAACCUGCAAUCAACAAACAAGGUAUUUCGCAAUCAUUCGAACUGUGAUGCUGUUCAAUCGUAAUGCUACGGUUUCAGUCCCUGUUGAUUAGGCCACAGUUUGUCUUUUUGAUCGGCUUUGGUGGUAGAAGCUUUAAAUGGUUGUGGAUUCCAAAGAUCUGGUGGGACUAAAACUCUGGCAUAAAUUUGCUGCAUUGUUUUAACUCAGUUUUCUUGAAGCCUCCUCUUUUCAGACAGGAGUGAGUGGCUAAUUGUUGUCACCUCAUGUGAAAUGUUUCAGCUAGUUCCAGUAGUGCCACCUGUUACGUGCUGCCAGAUCCUUAUUGAAUGACGACACCCAGCCUUCCUGACUGUUGUUCUUUAUAAUCAGAUAAAAAGCCUUAUGUCAUCAAGUGUUCUUGCCUUAUCCCCAGUUAAACAUGUGUCUAUGAUCUUCUGUCGGAGCACAAACUCUGUUCAUGGAGAUUCCAAACAUUGACCUCAAAUCUUUGUUUCCUAAAAGAAAUUCCAUUUUGAUACUUUGCGAAUGUAUAAUGCAGGUAUUAUCUGCUGCGUCCUCCUCCUUUGCUUUAUCUCAGAACAUGCCUGUUUUUUGUAUUUUUCUUUUUUUGGGGUAGGCCUCUGUUUAUGUUUUAAAUUAAAACGGCUGAAGACAAGUGAACUCUGGACAAGCACGUGGCCUACCUGAGUCCAGGUUGGCUCAUUGAUAAUCAUCUUUCGACCCACUUCACGAUGCACAAGUAUGGCUUCCUGGUGCCAGCCUGUCCCCUGUGCUGCUGUGCCUGGCGGGCACUGAGCGCAGUGGAAGAAAGAAAUCCUGUGUAUUGCAAUAAAAAUGUUGUUUUGCAUUUGAA